AGUGGUUAAGUUUGGUCACCAAGUCCAUAUUCAUCCUCUGAUUUCUUACCUUUAGCAUCAACAAACGCAUACGGAAACCUUCGGUUUUUUCAUCUUAUUUAUCCCUUUUUUUUUGUUCAAUUUUCCACACAUUUUCUUUUAAAAAAAUAAAAAGUCUGACUCAGUUCUGUUUCAUAUUCCGCUUGUUGCGGUUUAGUGUAAUUUCAUUCUCCGGAAGUUCUUGUUCUGAUAAAACAGUUUUUGGUUUUUGAAAUUAGAGGGAAAAGGGUGUUAUCUUUUUAAGUUUUUGAGUGUGCUGGUAUUUAUGUCAAUUGGAGAUAUGGAAAUAGGGUUUGAGGGUUAUUGUUAUACUCGAGCACUGGGGAGGAAGAGGGUUCUUGUUUCCAACAAUGUGGAAGAUUCUCCGCUCAAUCCCAAUCCAUUGAAGAGAACUUGCAGCGGGAGAAUGACUCUGAACUCUGAAAUUUCUAGACUUGAGACUCUUCCUCACGAUAUUCUGAUAAGGCUGUUGUGUGGUGUGGACCAUGAAGAUUUGAAGCAGCUUUUCCAUGUCUCGAGAACGAUUAGAGAAGCAACUCAGAUUGCUAAAGAGAUGCAUUUUGAGUAUAGUACGCCAAAGAAGAAAACUUUUGCUUGUUUACAACCCAUUGAUUUGGAGGAUGCAAGUGGGUUGCAGGAAAUUGAAGCUCCAAAUGCACCAUUGAGAAAAUCAAAGUCAAGACUGAGUGGUAGGAAUCUGGCUAGCAUCUCUGUGGCCUUGUUUGCUUCUACUGAGGAAAACAGUGAGCGAAGGAAAAAAUAGUAACUGAUGAUGUCACCAGAGAACGUCUUGUUUUGAUUAGUUAUUUGUAAAUAGAUUGCUAAUUAUUUUACACGUCUAAAAGUCUUUUACAAGCCAUAUCUUCAAAUUCUUCAUUGAAGACUCUGCUUUGGCUCCUUUGUUAUCUUUCUGUACAUCUAUAGGCAAAUAGAAAGUGAGAAAGAUUCUAGUCAUUUUGUUUGGAGGGAAAAUCUUCGGCCCUUCUAAUCUUGAUAAAUUUUAGUAUGUAAAGUAUAAACUUUAUACGCUUUGUU